GCGGCGGGCGGCGGGCGCGGCGCGGCGCGGCGCCAUCUUGCAGCCGGCGGCGCGGAUUGAAUGAGCCCGCCGAGCCCGGGCCGCCGUCGGGAGCAGCGCAGGCCGCGAGCCGCCGCCACCAUGGCCACGCCGCUGCCCGGCCGCGCGGGCGGGCCCGCCACGCCGCUGUCGCCCACGCGCCUGUCGCGGCUGCAGGAGAAGGAGGAGCUGCGCGAGCUCAACGACCGCCUGGCGCACUACAUCGACCGCGUCCGCGCGCUGGAGCUGGAGAACGACCGGCUGCUGCUCAAGAUCUCAGAGAAGGAGGAGGUGACCACGCGCGAGGUGAGUGGCAUCAAGGCGCUGUACGAGUCGGAGCUGGCCGAUGCCCGGAGAGUCCUGGAUGAGACGGCUCGAGAGCGUGCCCGGCUGCAGAUAGAGAUUGGGAAGCUGAGGGCAGAGUUGGACGAGGUCAACAAGAGCGCCAAGAAGAGGGAGGGCGAGCUUACGGUGGCCCAGGGCCGUGUGAAGGACCUGGAGUCCCUGUUCCACCGGAGCGAGGUGGAGCUGGCAGCCGCCCUCAGCGACAAGCGUGGCCUGGAGAGUGACGUGGCUGAGCUGCGGGCCCAGCUGGCCAAGGCCGAGGACGGUCAUGCAGUGGCCAAAAAGCAGCUGGAGAAGGAGACGCUGAUGCGUGUGGACCUGGAGAACCGCUGCCAGAGCCUGCAGGAGGAGCUGGACUUCCGGAAGAGUGUGUUCGAGGAGGAGGUGCGGGAGACGCGGCGGCGGCACGAGCGGCGCCUGGUGGAGGUGGACAGCAGCCGGCAGCAGGAGUACGACUUCAAGAUGGCACAGGCGCUGGAGGAGCUGCGGAGCCAGCACGACGAGCAAGUGCGGCUCUACAAGCUGGAGCUGGAGCAGACCUACCAGGCCAAGCUGGACAGCGCCAAGCUGAGCUCUGACCAGAACGACAAGGCGGCCAGUGCGGCUCGCGAGGAGCUGAAGGAGGCCCGCAUGCGCCUGGAGUCCCUCAGCUACCAGCUCUCCGGCCUCCAGAAGCAGGCCAGUGCCGCUGAAGAUCGCAUUCGGGAGCUGGAGGAGGCCAUGGCCGGGGAGCGGGACAAGUUCCGGAAGAUGCUGGACGCCAAGGAGCAGGAGAUGACGGAGAUGCGGGACGUGAUGCAGCAGCAGCUGGCCGAGUACCAGGAGCUGCUGGACGUGAAGCUGGCCCUGGACAUGGAGAUCAACGCCUACCGGAAGCUCCUGGAGGGCGAGGAGGAGAGGCUGAAGCUGUCCCCCAGCCCAUCCUCGCGCGUCACCGUCUCACGAGCCACCUCGAGCAGCAGCGGCAGCAUGUCCGCCACCGGGCGCCUGGGCCGCAGUAAGCGGAAGCGGCUGGAGGUGGAGGAGCCCUUGGGCAGCGGCCCAAGCGUCCUGGGCACGGGCACGGGUGGCAGCGGUGGCUUCCACCUGGCCCAGCAGGCCUCGGCCUCGGGCAGCGUCAGCAUCGAGGAGAUCGACCUGGAGGGCAAGUUUGUGCAGCUCAAGAACAACUCGGACAAGGAUCAGUCUCUGGGGAACUGGAGAAUCAAGAGGCAGGUCUUGGAGGGGGAGGAGAUGGCCUACAAGUUCACGCCCAAGUACAUCCUGCGCGCCGGCCAGAUGGUCACGGUGUGGGCAGCUGGUGCGGGGGUGGCCCACAGUCCCCCCUCGACGCUGGUGUGGAAGGGCCAGAGCAGUUGGGGCACGGGCGAGAGCUUCCGCACCGUCCUGGUUAACGCGGAUGGCGAGGAAGUGGCCAUGAGGACCGUGAAGAAGUCCUCGGUGAUGCGUGAGAAUGAGAAUGGGGAGGAGGAGGAGGAGGAAGCCGAGUUUGGCGAGGAGGAUCUUUUCCACCAACAGGGGGACCCGAGGACCACCUCAAGAGGCUGCUACGUGAUGUGAACCCACACUCCUCAACCACACACCUUUCUUAACCCAGAGCCACUGAAAACUAUUUUUAUAUCAUUGGCUUUCUUUAGUUCUUGAUACAUUUCUAGAGAAUUUCUAAGCGAACUGCCAGAACGUGUGGGUGGGCCUCCCCCAGCCCUCCCUCCUGGCGGGUCUCCUCCAGCCUCACUUCGCUGCCACUUCGCCGCUGCCCCGGAGACUUUUCAAUCCCACCCCACUCCCCAUCUCACCAUUUGGUCAAAUUGGAAGCCCAGGGCCAGGACCCCGCGGUUUAGAAGAUGCUUGGGCUUGGAGGGAGGAGGGCCGGCGAGGCUAGCGAGGGGACAGGAGACGGCCCUGCUGCGGACGGAGGGCGGAAACUGCGUAGGAAUUCAAUGGUGGUGGUUUUUUUUAAGGCUUUCUACAAAACCAAAUUCAGAAUCCAGGCGUGGACCUGGUGGGGCCCGGGGCCAAGCCUGCAUUCUGGCUGCCCAGCUUCGGACAGCGGGAACUCCUCAGGCAGCCACGCAGCGGGUGUGGACCAGCAUGGGGAUGGCGUGGCCCCCGGGGUGGGUUUUCACUCCGCUGCCUGGGCUUCCAGAUUCCCGUUCUGGCAGCGCACCGGCCGGGUUUCUCGGACCAUUGACUUUAUUUGGGGGAGUUUUCCCGCAGUUCAGUUCCUGACUGUGCAGGGCCAACAGGGCAGGGGAGGGGAAGACCCGGGGAAGGAAGAAUGAGGACAGUCCCGUCGUAAGACCUGUCACAACAAUAAGCAGGGAGGGGAGAUGUGGAGGGGACACAUCUGGUUGCCUUGGAGGCAGAAGCUGUGAGUUUCAGAACAGCUGUCUGCAGGGAACGCCACCAUGUUGACCCUCUGGAGGAGAGCGCUGUGGAGCCCCUCCCAUGUUCCAGCUCCGUCUGCCCUGUGCCUAUAUAUACACAUGCGUCUAUCCAUACUGUGCUUUUAUCUGUGAUUUUCUCGCUGAAACCAUGUUUCUCAGACAGGCCAAGGCCACCUGACUCCUAUCACGACGCACCCAAGCCCCUCAGUCCAGCUUCCCAAUGCCUGGCACCCCCCUUCGGCAAUAGCUCACCAUUUACACCCUCCCUCAUAGAUACACAGAAGUUAUUUUUUUAAUGGAUAUUUAUUUUUUUACAUUGGUCAGUAUGCAGGUCAGGAGCUCACGCCAGGGCCUUGAGGACAGGCUGACCCUCCUCCCCGGGGUGGCGUGGGGCUGGGGCACCCUCCGAUGGCAGAGCCUCCUUCAGAAAGUGCAGCUCAAGUCUUAAAGACACCAAAACUGAGCCAUGGGCACGCGCCGUCUCCGGGCCAUGGUGUUCACUGCAGGGCGGGGGCGGCACCGCUCCCCUGUGACUGCAUCCCGCCUCCCUGGGGACCUGCCUGUGGCAGGAAGGAAUGGGGGGCCCCAGCCCCAGGCCGGGAAGGAGCCAGCGGCCGACAAAGCAGAAACACCUGCUGCUCCACGUAGCCCCUGCUCGCUGUCCUUGCUCUCAGAAGUCCCUGUCCCAUGUAGAUAGAGGGGGGCGCAUCUUACCAAAGCAUUUCCUCCUGGAGGCUACACCGCUGUGCUCCCAGUCAGGCGGCUGGUAGGGAGCUUUGCCUGCCCCGGGGAUACCCUCUGCCAGCCACUGGAAGUGGGAAUGCUGGCGACAGACUGUGUCCUCUUUCCCACCUUCGUGGCAGGAAUCACCCGGACCCGACUGGCUGGGCUUCGUGCCAGCGAGGGUUAUGGGGGUGGGUCUUGGUGAUCUUGUCCUGUGGGGAGUCUGCAGUGGUCUCAGCCACAUCCUAUGUAUUUUGGCUCUGGAGGAGCAAAGCUGUAUCCUGGAGUUGGUCUGUGAUUUGCCGACAGCCUUGCAGGCUGGGCUCAGGGACAAAAAGUCCCCCCCAAAACCCGCAGGUCCUCAUGUCCAGACGCUGCCCAGUCCUGUCCUGAACACAGCACGCGCCAGGCCCACAGAACCCCCCACCCUACAUUUGCCUUGGGUGGAGCUGGGGGUGGUCCUAGGACUGCGGGUGCCCUUAGCUGAAGCGGGUGGGGAGAAGCGUGGACUGGGCAGCCUGUGGGUGAUUGGAGGUUCAUUGAGAAUUGAGUCUUUGGAAACACUAAGAAAAUCAAAUUUUUAAAAGUUAUUUAUGGCCUGGGAAACAAUUUGCAUUUGUCCCCAAAUACGCUUAGCUGUGUGCCGCUUAGAAUGAUGCGAAACCAUCCCUCUGUGUAAGCCCAUGCCGUGUGACUCGAAGCCUAGCGCCCUCCCUGCGAAGCAUCAGACGCCACCCAGCCCUGGGGGGAGGCCCACGCCUGCUGGACCAACGCGGGUUCUGGGGUGCACAGCGCCAGGUUAACGCUGAAGCCUGCCCCGCUGAGCCCAGGAGCCGGGAGGCCUGCGGGCUGACCCAGAAUCCGAUCAUGCACCUGUCCUCAUGCCAGCGGCUUUGGCUGGGGUUGGUCUGAAGCCUGCACGCGGCAGUUCUUUGUUAAAGAUCUGAGGGACUCAGUCCUGGGGCGUCGCCGCCUGCAGCCUCUUCCAAGCCCUGCGUCCAGCGAGCGUCACAGCACAACCUGCAAAAACGGAGCUGGGCUGCAGCUGGGGCUGGCAUGGACUUUCAUUUCAGAGAUUCGGUUUUUAAGAAGAUGCAUGCCAAAUGUGUUCUUUUUUUUUUUCCAAUGAUUUGUAAUAUACAUUUUAUGACUGGAAACUUUUUUGUACAACACUCCAAUAAACAUUUUGAUUUUA